AUGAAGAUGGGUGAAAAGUUAGUUAACUUCCAGAUAGACUGUGGGGCCACCUGUAAUAUCAUCCCCAUUGAUCUACUAAACCCAGACACAAAGUUAGAGCACACUGAGAAAGUCUUAGUGAUGUAUAACAAGACCAAGUUGACUCCUCUGGGUACAUGUAAGGUUAAGGUCAGAAACCCCAGAAAUAACAAGCUGUACAGACUGGAGUUUCAAGUGGUUGACCAGAGUAGCAGAAUCCCUCUACUGGGCAGAAAAGCCAGCGAGGCAAUGAAGUUGAUAAAGAUACAGUACGAGAACAUUCUGGCUAUAGACAGCAUAGUGACGAAAGAGCUGAGCCCAGUGACGAAGGCAGCAGGUGGCAAACACAUGACCAUGGACAAAAUCAAAGAGGAGUUUGAGGAUGUUUUCACCGGAGUUGGCUGCAUGGAAGGUGAAUAUAGAAUAGAGAUAAAUGACAGAGUACCGCCAGUGAAACUGCCAAAGCGAAGAGUGCCCGUGGCUAUGAUGACACCUCUACAAGAGGAACUCAAAGAUUUAGAGAGAAGACACAUAAUCACACCAGUGGAACGCAGCACUGACUGGAUCAGUAGCAUGGUAACGGUGAGAAAACCUAAUGGGAAACUGAGGAUCUGUAUAGACCCAAAACCUCUGAAUCGAGCACUUAAAAGAAGUCACUAUCCACUCCCAACUUUAGAUGACAUCCUGCCGGAAAUGUCAAAGGCAAAAGUUUUCACAGUCUGCGAUGUGAAGCAAGGCUUCUGGCACGUCAAACUAGAAGAGAAGUCGAGCUACCUUACCACAUUCGCCACCCCAUUCGGUCGCUUCCGUUGGUUAAGGAUGCCAAUGGGAAUAAGUCCAGCACCAGAAGUGUUCCAAAGAAAGCUCAUGCAGGCCCUGGAGGGUCUCCCAGGAAUCUACAUCAUAGCAGAUGAUGUGUUGAUCACAGGGGAAGGAAAAACACAAGAGGAGGCAGAAAAGGACCACGAUGAGAAAGUCAGACGUUUUCUAAUCAGGUGCAGAGAGCGCAACAUCAAGCUGAACGCUGACAAAUUCAAGCUCAGACAAAAAGAGGUACCCUACAUUGGUCAUCUGCUGACGGCCGAGGGACUGAGGAUUGACCCAGACAAGGUACGGGCAAUCAGAGAAAUGCCACAGCCAACCGACGUGAAAGGGGUACAGAGACUAGUUGGGAUGGUCAACUAUCUUUCUAAGUUCUAUAACCACCUUUCAGAUGACUGUGAGAUUCUGAGACAACUCACACGCAAGGAAAACAUGUGGGAAUGGACAGACAUCCAAGAAGGGGCGUUUCAAAGACUGAAAGAAAAAAUCGCUAAAGCACCAGUCCUACAGUACUACAACAAGGAAGAGGAGCUGACACUUCAAUGUGAUGCAUCAGACACAGGACUUGGGGCCGCCCUGACACAGAAAGGUAAACCGGUAGCAUUUGGUAGUAGAGCACUUACACCAACUGAAAAGGGCUAUGCCCAAAUAGAAAAAGAAUGUUUAGCAAUAGUAUUUGGGAUGGAAAAGUUCCAUCAGUAUACUUAUGGCAGGGAAGUCACAGUACAAAGCGACCACAAGCCCCUUGAGAAUAUACACAGGAAGCCAUUACUUAGUGCACCUAAGAGACUGCAGAGAAUGCUACUCAGACUGCAGCAGUAUGAUAUUAAUGUAACAUAUGUUCCAGGCAAGGAUAUGCUACUAGCAGACACACUGAGUAGAGCGUACUUACCGGAGAGCACUAAGGGAGAGAGUGAGAAAGAUAUAGAGACUGUGAACAUGGUCAGCUACCUACCCAUUUCAGCAGAGAGGCUGAGCGCCAUCAGGGCUGCAACGAAAGAUGACAUGAAGUUACAGAGUGUAGCAAAUAGAAUACUGUCAGGGUGGCCCAAGAGAAAAAAUGACUUACCAAGUGACAUCAGACACUACCACACUUUCCAAGAUGAACUGAGUUUCCAGGACGGCAUAGUGUUCCGAGGUGACAGAGCUGUGAUACCUGACGCACUCAGGGUGGACCUCACUCACAGGAUCCACUCCUCUCACCUGGGAGUAGAAGGAUGUCUGAGGCGAGCGAGGGAGUGUGUUUACUGGCUUGGAAUGAAUGAGGAGAUCAAGACCUUCAUCUCCAAAUGUGACAUAUGUAGGUCAGUGGACCCAAAGCAACAAAGAGAGACACUACACCCACAUUCCAUGGCCAACAGACCCUGGGCCGAGGUGGGAACAGACCUUUUCUCCUUUCACAAUAAAGACUAUCUGAUAACAGUAGAUUAUUAUUCAAACUUUUGGGAGGUUGAUUAUCUACCUGACACUAAGAGCAAUACAGUGAUCAGAAAACUCAAGGCCCACUUUGCACGACAAGGGAUUCCUGACACUGUUAUCUCGGAUAACGGACCCCAGUAUGCCUCUCUAGAGUUUCAGCACUUCAGCCAGAAGUGGGGCUUUGAACACAGGACAUCGUCGCCAGGAUACCCGCAGAGUAAUGGGAAGGCGGAGUCAGCGGUAAAGACAGCCAAGCACCUGAUGCUGAAGGCUGCAGCAGCAAGACAGGAUCCGUAUUUGGCCAUGUUAGAUCAUCGCAACACACCGAGCCAGGGCCUCAACACAAGCCCGGCACAGAGACUCCUGAGCAGGAGGACCAGGACCCUGCUUCCCACAAAGGACACUCUGCUGAAGCCAGAGGUAACACACAACGAACAGGGACUGAAACACAACAGACAGAGACAGGAAAAGUACUACAACCGCACAGCAAAAGACAUGGACGCUCUGAAAAGAGGGGACAGUGUGAGAGUACAGCCAGGUGACACACACAGGAGCUGGAGACCAGCGAGAGUGGUCCAGCAGGUGAGCCAUAGAUCAUAUGAGGUGCAGUUAGAGUCAGGAGGGGUUGUGAGACGAAAUCGUCGUCACCUCAGACAUAAUCACACCGUGCUCACACCAACACGAAACGCACCCACACCAACAGUGACUGAGGCGGCCGUACGGCCAGAUGGCCCAGUACAGAACCAAGACAAGUUCACCAGGUCAGGUCGACAAGUUGUCAUGCCACACUACCUGACGGACUAUGUUCAGUGA